AUGCAGGCUGAAUUGAGCGAUAAAAAAACCGCUCUUGAUGUUGAUACAUCUACUAGUCCAAUUUUCUCUGUCUGUACGAUGGGUACACCGGAGUGUGAUGAUGAGCUUUGUCUUUUUCUGCGUUGUCUGCGUGUGUUUCACCCAGACUUGCCUGUAAUUGUGGGAUGCACUUCUUCGAUGAUAGACGAUAGGGGCCGAACCACAAGCCAAGCUUUUUCGGGAUUCCGAAUGGAUAAGAAGAUUGAGUGGGUGCCCUGCCUUGACCAGUAUGGGUCCAUUGACCGCACGGCGAUGGAGCGGCAGCGGGGUGUGUGGUUCCCAUCACGCCACACCGAUUUUAUGAUGGAAAAGGCAAAUCUGAUGGAGCGUGCGCUGAUGCUGCGCGUGGAGCAUGGGGGCAUUGGAACAGAGACGGUGGCCUUUCUAGACUGUGAUGUGGUGCUGCUGGGUGAGCUUCCCCGUCUGCCGCGGGGCACAGUUGUGGCGCUCUCCCCCCACCGUAUUUCCCGCGAAUCCGAGAUGCUCUUUGGCCGCUACAACGGCGGGUUUCUGGCGGCGGCGGACCCGCUGGUGCUGCACGAGUGGCGGCGGGCCGCGCAAUUCUCGCGAUAUUUUGAUCAGGCGGCGCUGGAGUCCGUUGCCUGCGGGUUUGCGGCCACCCUGCACGAGAUUCCCCCGCAGCACAAUUACGGCUAUUGGCGUCUCUUUCAGACCCGGCGGGGCGAGAACCCACUGCGUGAGGGGCGGGAGUUUUCCAUCGCGUGUGUGGGGCCACGCCGGGAGUUGACCCUCUGCUACGAAGGGGCCCCGCUGAGAUCGAUACACACACACUUCUUCCACAGCGGACAACAGUCACGCCAUAUACGGGCAUUCAAUGGGCUCAUAAAAAGAUGGAUUCACAGGUGUGUGUGCCCAACAGCAAUGACUGCUGGUGUUACUACAGCUGCUUUUGGUGUUUGCAGAGGUGGAGCAUCUAUAAUGGCAAACACAAGCUACAAGAAGUGUUUCGACACGAAUUUUCUAACGGGCACCUAUUGA